AUGCUGUGGCUACCUUGGUCUCCCUCCGGAUGCGUGGUGAUAUUCGUCACCGUCGCAGGCGUAUGCCAGGCGCAAAAUCCAGGACAGGGCGUUGAAAUUUGCGUAAACGACCCUCUCAACCCCCCUUGUACUACGGUCGAAGCCCCUAGCGGCCUUUGCGACGAGUAUAAGAACAAGGUAUCUGGCGUCAGGGCAAGCGAUAGUGCCAGUAUCUGCCGCUUUUAUCUAGAGCCAGAGUGUAAGGGCGAGUACUUUGAAGCUGGUACUGAAGCCGUUAACCUCUACACGGGGCGUCCUGAGUUUAAUGACAAGGUCACUUCCUUCAUUUGCAACGUAACGACACCGAUAGCGGCAGCUAAGUCCUCGGACUGGACGUUCAAGCGCCAGAGGGAAUUAUGCACUCGCUUAGAGACGCUAUCUCUUGAAUUCAAGCUAGGGAACAACAUUGGAUCCGGGACGUACGACAAGAUCAAAUUAGGUUUUGAGGACGCUGGACAAACGGUGCACGUCAUCACAGAAGGCCCUUCCCCUGGUUACGAGGUUACCCAGAAUAUCAAUAUGCAGGACGUGUUUGGGAUGGAAACUGUGGCACUGGAUAAAAUCAAAAGACUCCGUCUUCUUGAUGAGCUAACAGACUGGACAUUUGGAGGAGACAUGUGGGAAAUUGCUGGGUUUACGCUUAAAGGAAAAUGCGCUAACUCGGGAUUGACUAUCGCGCUUGAGAGAUUUUCCUCUCUCAACAAGUGGUUGCAGGCUCAACCUAACCAGCCGGGACGGUUCCAGUACCGUGUCGACUGGGAAGUCUGGGCAGACGACGUCCAACCCGAAGACUGGGUUACCAAGUCGCUAUGCAAGCAAUUCCGAAGCAUGAAGACGUCGAUCUGCAUAUCGCCGACCAAGACUGGGACAGGAGUCGGCCCUAUCAAUUAA